UCUGUUUAUUUCAUGUCGUGUCUGGUUACUGUGAAUCUCAAUUCUCAGGUGAAUAUGAUUUUGCAUAGUCACGAAGAAUAUGCAGCAAGCCUGAAUGCCGAAAGCACUACUACUGCACCGACAGAUUAGAAAAAUGAGCACAAUCUUCAAAUAAUAAUAUUUCGACAACACAUAUUUACGCUUCCAUACUCACGCAUUGAUGAACAACAAUAAAAAUGCAGACAAGAAUUACAAAUCUAACGAAGCUAACUCGCCCACAUCUGUUCCUGUUAGAAAAGUGUAGUACCAUGAAAGAUCUUGCCAAGUUCCAUGCCCAUUUCAUUACAACAGGCUUUUGUAAUGACACCCUUAUUCUCAGCAGCCUUCUUUCAUUCACUGCUUUGUCUCCUGCUGGAGACUUGGCCUAUGCUCACUUAGUUUUUAACCAAAUAAAAUCACCCAAUGCUUUUAUGUACAAUACUAUGAUCAGGGCUUAUAUUAACAAUCCUUUGCAAGCAUUAUCUAUGUAUAGAUUGAUGUUUAGUGGUGGGGUGUCCCCAAAUAAUUAUACAUUUCCAUUUGUUAUAAAAGCUUUGUCAAGAGCUGGUGAUUGUAGAUAUGGAGAGAGUGUUCAUGCAACUGUGAUCAAAUUUGGGCUUUUUGUUGAUCUUCAUAUAGCAAAUUCUCUGUUACAUAUGUAUGGGAAUUUCGGGUUUUCGAGGGAAAGUGUGGAGUUGUUUGAUGAAAUUCCUGAACCAGAUGUUGUUUCGUGGAAUGUUGUGAUUGAUGAUCUUGCUCAAUGUGGGUAUUUUGAUCAGGUACUUGGUUGUUUUGAUGAGAUGUUGUUUUAUGGGGUUGAGCCGAAUUCUGUUACGCUUCUUGGCCUUCUUUCUGCUUGUACUAAAAGUGGGGAAUUGUGUGUGGGAAAGCUGAUUCAUUUGUAUAUACUGAAGAAUGGUGUACUUGUUUCUGAAAAUCUGGGAAAUGGGUUGCUUAAUAUGUAUGUUAAGUUUGGAGACAUGGAUUCAGCUGAGAAAUUGUUUGGUAGAAUGAAAUGGAAGACGGUUUUCUCGUGGACCUCCAUGAUAGAUGGCUAUAUUCAGAAAGGUGAAUUAAAAAGUGCUGGUUUGUUCUUUGAUCAAAUGCCUGAAAAGGAUGUGACUGCCUGGAAUGUGAUGCUUCAUGGGUUUGUCGCUGGAAAUGAUUUGACUGCUGCUGAACAAUUUUUCAGAGAAGCACCAGAGAAAGAUGUGGUUUCGUGGAAUUGUAUGAUUGUAGGGUAUGCUCAGAACAAGAACUGUACAAGAUCUUUGGAGUUAUUCAAAGAAAUGUUGUUAACAGAUAUCAGGCCGGAUAGAAUAACAAUCGUAAACCUCUUAUCUGUUUGUGGUUCUGCAGGUGCGCUAAACUUAGCUGAGGCAGUUCAUUCUUUCAUGGAGAAACAGAACACUAUGGGGGAAGAAGUUGAAAUAGCUCUGAUGGAUAUGUACAGCAAGUGUGGUGCUCCGGAAAAAGCUGUUAAGUCAUUCAAUGGCAUCUCUACAAAAUCUGUUUUAGCUUGGAGUGCUAUGAUCGUUGGUUUGGCGAUGAAUGGUCAUUCCAAGGAUGCACUCGACUUCUUCGCCCAGAUGCAAAAUGCAAAUAUUAAACCAAAUGAGGUCACGUUCCUUGGCGUUCUGUCAGCAUGCAGCUACUCAGGCUGGGUUGAGGAAGGAAGAAGGCUAUUCAAUGCAAUGAGUGAAGUUUAUGGCAUCACACCAAGAUCUGAACACUUCGGUUGCAUGGUUGACAUACUUGCGCGAGCUGGAUUAUUGGAGGAAGCAGAAAUAUUUAUUCGGAAUUUGCCAGUCAAGGCUGAUGCAGGUGUUUGGGGACCCCUUCUCGGCGGAUGUAGAUUGCACAAUGAUGUUCAGAUGGGGGAGAAGGUAGCUGAAAUUCUAACAGAGCUGGAUCCAUCUCACUCUGGACGUUAUGUUCUUCUAUCAAACAUAUAUGCUGCAGAUAGUAGAUGGACAGAUGCAGAGAAGGUGAGGCAAGAUAUGAGAAUUUCUAGAGUCCAGAGAACUCCAGGAUAUAGCUUAAUCGAGCAAAGCAGAAAUUGGUAGGAAAUACUUUGUAGCUCUUGCCAUCGAACCAUAGAG